GAGACAGAGCAGAGACAUACCAAAGGAAUGCUCUACCAUCCAUGGAACUCCCCAUGUGCUGCCCAUGGUGCUCCUGUGUGGUGCUGGGGCUCAAGCCAAGGAUGGUGACAGAAAGGCAGUGAGGCCCAAGAAGCAUCCUUUAAUGAUGUGGCGGUUAGGCUCAAACCUGAGCCGUGCUCAUGGCAACGCAACAGACUAUCCAGAAGUCGAUUUGCUCCUCCGUAUAAAGGACAUCAGCCGUUUCUUAAUGCAAGAUGUUGCCUUCCUGUCUGGUGGCCAAGGAAGGGAUAAUACUUGGAUCAUUACAUUUCCAGAAAAUUGUCAUUUUAGAUGUAUACCAGAAGACGUUCUGGCGAAAGUGCUGAUUUACUUGACAUCUAUUGUGUGGCAAGAUGGAGUUGUUCCCCGGUUUACCAUCAUUCUGGAUCGAAGAUUGGAUACUUGGUCCUCUCUUAAAAUCUCUCUCCAGAAAAUCUCAGUUUCCUUCCCUGGGAACUUACAUUUGGUUUUGGUUCUUCGUCCUACAAGUUUUCUUCAGCGAACUUUCACUGACAUUGGAUUUCGAUUUAGUCAGGAGGAUUUCAUGCUGAAAUUGCCGGUGGUUAUGCUGAGCUCAGUUAGUGAUUUGCUGACAUACAUUGAUGACAAGCAGUUAACCCCUGAGUUAGGCGGCACCUUGCAGUACUGCCACAGUGAAUGGAUCAUCUUCAGAAAUGCUAUAGAGAAUUUUGCCCUGACAGUAAAAGAAAUGGCUCAGAUGUUACAGUCCUUUGGAACGGAACUGGCCGAGACAGAACUACCAGAUGAUAUUCCUUCAAUAGAAGAAGUCAUUGCACACCGUGCUGAAAGGUAUCACCUGCUAAAGAGUGACAUCACAGCCGUGACCAAGGAAGGGAAAAUCCUGCUGACGAAUCUGGAAGUGCCUGCUGCUCAGGAUGCUGUCAGUAUGCGGCUCAACCAUCAACAGCAGAUAAAUGGAGACUGGCAAACGAUUAAUAAAUUGCUGGCUCAAGUCCAUGAUAUGGAAAUUGCUUUUGAUGGCUUUUGGGAAAAGCAUCAACUGAAAAUGGAACAGUAUGUUCAGCUAUGGAAGUUUGAGCAGGAUUUUCAAGAGCUCAUGGCUGACGUUGAACUUCUGUUAAACCAGCAAGCAGAGCUGGCAGAUAUAACAGGGAAUCUGUCGCAAGUGAAACACAAGUUGAAGAAGUUGGAUAAAUUAGAUGAGAAUUCUCAGGAUGUGCUCAAAAGGGCCCAGUUUCUAAUACUCCACGGACACAAACUGGCUGCAAAUCACCACUAUGCGCUGGACUUGAUCUGCCAGAGGUGCAAUGAGCUCCGCUACCUUUCUGAUGUCCUGCCUAACGAGAUCAAAGCCAAGAGGGUGCAGCUCAGCAGGACUGUCAAGAUGCACAAGCUUCUCCAGCAGGCCCGUCAAUGCUGUGAUGAAGGAGAGUAUCUUCUAGCUAAUCAGGACAGAGAUAAGUUCCAGACUAAAGAAGAUGCGGAGAAAGCCCUCCAAGACAUUGAAAACUUUCUUGAAAUGGCUCUGCCUUUUAUAAAUUAUGAUCCAGAAAACCUAGAGUAUGAGUUUGAUGUGAUUUUAUCUCCUGAGCUCAAGGCUCAAAUGCAGACUGUACAACUCAAGCUGGAAAACAUCCGAAGCAUAUUUGCGGACCAGCAAGCUGGUUUCAGGAACCUCACUGAUAAGCACCUGAACCCCAUCCCAUUUGUGGUGGCUUCCGACAAUUUCAGCAGAUCUCGGGUGCCCUUUUUUUCACCUAAGCACGUGGGAGUUGGAUACUCUUUCUUUCAAGCAUGUAAACAUUUUAUAAAAGGCAAGAAGACUUGGAGACAGAACCAGAGCAACCUAAAGAUUGAAGUUGUGCAUGACUGUCAGGAGAAGAGACCUAUGGGCCAACCUUCCAAUUUGGACAAUGACAACAGCCUGAAUGUUUUAAAGAACCACGUCCUGAAUGAGCUGGUACAGACAGAGAGGGUGUAUGUCCACGAACUCUUUACUGUUCUGCUGGGCUACAUGGCUGAAAUGGAUAACCCAGAGAUGUUUGAACUUAUGCCACCUCUCCUGAGAAAUAAAAAGGAUGUUCUCUUUGGAAAUAUGGCAGAAAUAUAUGAAUUCCAUAACAACAUUUUCCUGGACAGUCUGGAAAAUUGUCUUCAUGCUCCGGAAAGAGUGGGACCUUGCUUUCUGGAAAGGAAAGAUGAUUUCCAGAUGUAUGCACUAUAUUGUCAGAAUAAACCCAGAUCGGAGUUGAUUUGGAAGAAGUAUUCAGAAUGUGCCUUUUUCCAGGAAUGUCAGCGCAAAUUAAAGCAUAGACUUGGUCUGGAUUCGUACUUGCUCAAGCCAGUACAACGAAUCACCAAAUACCAGUUGCUGCUGAAGGAGCUAUUAAAAUAUAGCCAAGGCUGUGAAGGAUAUGACCAAUUAAAGGAGGCACUUGACACAAUGUUGGAUAUACUCAAGUCAGUUAAUGAUUCUAUGCAUCAGAUUGCAAUAAAUGGCUAUAUUGGCAACUUAAACGAGCUGGGCAGGAUGAUUACGCAGAGUGCGUUCAGCGUUUGGAUCGGACACAAGAAAGGCGCUACAAAAAUGAAGGAUUUUGCGAGAUUCAAGCCGAUGCAGCGGCACCUCUUCUUGUAUGAGAAAGCCAUUGUUUUCUGUAAAAGGCGCGCGGAAAGCGGAGAAGAGAGAUACCCUUCCUACAGCUUCAAGCACUGUUUGAAAAUGGAUGAAGUUGGAAUCACUGAAUAUGUAAAGGGAGAUUCCCGCAAAUUUGAAAUCUGGUGUAGUGGAAAGGAAGAAGUUUAUAUCGUCCAGGCGCCAAAUAUAGAUGUGAAGCUGAUCUGGUUAAAGGAAAUGAGAAGCAUUUUGUUGAAGCAACGGGAGCUAAUGACAGCCAGAAACCGAGUGCUGUGUAAUCAAUUAAUGGAACAGGAUCGGUUUUCUUCUCAGCAAAAUGAUGACAAGCAGCAGGGAGCUUUUUUACGCUCUGAAGAAGCAGAAUCAGCACCCAGCAGCAGGGUUGUGGAGGUCGGAGAUGCUAUCUCAUCACUUCAGGCCGAAGCCAGCGCAGUUUGGACUGAAAUGCUGCCACAUUCCGAACUCACGGCCGAGCCCGACGAAUGGUCAAGAAACUAUUUCUACUCACCUUAUGAUGACAAUGAAGAAGGAAAGCCCUCAUCAAUGAGGGUGCUCUGAAUAACACAAGGAAGUGAAUCCCCCAGAAUGAAAGGAGAAUGAAGAGACUUCAGAAUGCAGAUUUCAGUUGGAAGCAAAAAUUCAAUUUCUUUAGAGUAUCACAACUCAACAGCACCAGUCAGGAUGAGGCGAGGCUGCACUGGCGUGUAUAGAUUUCCUUCAGGACCUGGGUGGACUUCGUCCUGCACAGUUCCUCUCAUUCUUGCCAGAGCUUUCUCUACACCUUCCACUCUCCCUAGGAGAAAAGUGGAGUGUUAUUUUGUUUCCCAGGACAGUUGUUUGUGGCAUGCAUUCAGAUUCCAAUUCAAACCUGGAAAUCAAUUAUUCGGGACAUUUGCAGGUAAGGAAUUUUACCUGUAAUGUUUUAGGUUACUUUGCAGUAUCUAACAGCAGUAACAACAGUAACAACAACAACAACAACAACAAAUCCAAAGAGAUGAGAGAUAAUCAGAGAUUUUUCACCCCUUUUCUUAAUUGAUAACUUAUUUUGUUUUGAUAGAUAUAUUUUUUCUAAGGCUGUGCCGGGGAGUGAACCCAGGGCCUCAUGCAUGCAUAGAAUGCCCUCUACUGCUGAGCCACCUCUCCAGCCUGAUAGUUUAUUUUUAUUAUUUACUUCUGUUAUCUAUGUGAUGACAGUGUACCAAAGGGAAAGGUUUUGAAGGCCGUCUUUUGCACUUUGAGUGGUAUUUAAGUUUGUCAGAGCUGAUUUAUGGUUCCAGAAGGAUCCAGAGUAAGAAAUUAUUUAGUUAGGAUGUGAUGAAGUUUACAUUUUAUGUAUUGUCAGAGCUGUAAAUUCAGUAUCCCUGUUUGCACAAAAGAUGCCCCUAUAACAACGCUCCCCUGCCCAGAGUCUUUACUUGCUUUUGAAUUUUCUAGAAAAAAAAAGAUCCAGUCCAGAUUUUCCUAUGUUAUAUUGUGCCACUUCCUAGCAUUUUCCUUUGCUAAUACAUUUACAGAUGCCUUUCUUUUAAAUAUGUAGACAGUGUGAUCAUUUGGUUUAAAGCCCAGGGCCAGUUGUUGCAUGCAUUGUUGAAUUUAUGCUUCCAGCAUUUUCCAUUAUGCACCAUUGAAGACAACGGUUUGAAAUUGCUGCCUUUCAACUCAUGGAUUAUGAGUUUUAUUCUUCAGCUAGCAUAGUAGAUGCAUGGGUUUUAUCAGUUAUUUUUUUAAUAUAAACGCAAUGACUCUCUAAGACAUAAAUAGAUGCUUUAAAAAUAGGUUUAUGUAUCAUAUCAAGAUAAUAGUUCAUGUCAGUGGUAUCAUUUGAUGUAAUUUGUAUGACAAAACAGGCCAUUGUUUACUACUCAAAGGUACCUGCAAUUUACUGUAUGAAUCUUCUAAUGUCCAACUGCUGGAAUUUAUGGCAGUUGAUUCGCAACUCACUUAUUAAAAGGCCUGAAGAUUUGAUAUUUCACGUAAUCAAUGCUUCUACAACACUAAAAACAACAGCAGCAAAGUAAAAUUAAAAUACAA